UGUACCUGUGUGUGACGGUGGUGAUUUGAUUAUUGCCCCAACAUUUAUUUUUAACAGCAUACAAAAUUACUCAUGUCUCGGGAUUUCCUAGGUUGCAGUGCGUCGAGACCUGACAUCACUAGCCAGUAAGAUGAGUCUAAAAUCGGAGCGACGAGCCAUUCAUGUGGACCAGUCAGAACUACUCUGUAAAAAAGGAUGUGGCUACUAUGGAAAUCCAGCAUGGCAAGGGUUCUGCUCAAAGUGUUGGAGGGAGGAGUACCAGAAGGCUCGACAGAAACAAAUCCAGGAGGACUGGGAGCUUGCAGAACGCUUGCAGCGGGAAGAAGAGGAGGCUUAUGCCAGCAGCCAGGGUGCACAGGGAGGUCAGCCAUCUCUUGGCUUUACCAAGUUUGAAGAAAAGAAAUCCAAUGAAAAGACAAGAAAAGUGACAACAGUGAAGAAAUUCUUUUCAGCCUCAUCCAAAAGUGUACCCAAGAAAGACACUGAAGAAAGGUCUGGUAAGCCGGUGCAGGCAGGAGGGAGGGAGCGCAGUGCUGACAUUCUCAGGGACCUCAAGGGUCUUUUUGGCCCUCCCUGGGAGCUGGCCUCCCCUGCUGAAGAUAUGAAAGAAGCUAAAGCUCCCAGCCCUUCUCUAACUCGCCAGUACAGCAUUGAGACCGACCGGGUAUCUAAAGAUUUUAUUGAGUUUUUAAAGACCUACCAUAAAGCAGGGCAUGAUGUCUACAAACAGUGCAAAGUCUUCCUGGAAGCCAUACACCACAAGAAGGAGUCAAACAUUGAUGAGUUGUCAGAGUUCACUCAGGAUUUUUACCAGAACACAGCAGACAAGCUGCAGAUGUAUUGGAAAGUGCCACCUAAUAAAGUGGAGGAUGCGAUGGAUCAGAUUGAAAAGUUCAUCAUGACACGUCUGUAUAAGCAUGUAUUUUGUCCAGAGACUACUGAUGAUGAGAAGAAAGACCUUACUGUGCAAAAGAGAAUUAGGGCUUUACAUUGGGUCACACUGCAAAUGCUUUGUGUUCCUGUAAAUGAGGAUAUUCCAGAAGUGUCAGAUAUGGUGGUAAAGGCGAUAACAGAUAUCAUAGAAAUGGACUCCAAACGGAUUCCUCGUGACAAGCUUGCCUGUAUCACGGGGUGCAGUAAACAAAUCUUUAAUGCGAUUAGGAUCACAAAAAAUGAACCUGCCUCAGCCGAUGACUUCCUCCCCACUCUGAUCUACAUUGUUCUUAAGGCAAAUCCUCCACGUCUUCAGUCCAACAUCCAGUACAUCACCAGAUUCUGUAAUCCAAGCCGUCUGAUGACUGGGGAGGAUGGAUAUUAUUUCACUAACCUGUGCUGUGCUAUAGCAUUCAUCGAGAAACUAGAUGCCCAGUCUCUAAAUCUAAGCGAGGAAGAGUUUAACAGGUACAUGUCUGGCCAAGCUUCUCCAAAAAAACAAGACUCUGAUAUCUGGGAUGCAGACACAUGCCCAGGAGUAAAACAGAUGCACAGGAACCUAGACUUGCUCUCCCAGCUGUCAGAGAGACAGGAGCGCAUUGUGACAGGUGCCAAGAAGUUAGAGAAGGACUUGAUUGAUUGGACUGAAGAAGUCACGCGUGAAGUCCAGGAUAUUGUGGAGAAAUACCCAUUACACAUAAAAUCUAACAGCCAGGCUCUGGCUUCUAUCGAUUCUGAGAAUGUGGAGGACGAUCGUCUGCCCCCUCCUCUGCAGCCGCAGGUCUAUGCAGGAUAAUCAUCACCUGGAAAAGUCAAAGAUCAGUCAUUGAAGUUUAUAUAUGGCCCAAAGUUUGAUCAGACUUCCAUGUACUCUAUUUAUUAUCAUGAGACAAACAGGGCAAUCUUAUGUUUCUUGUAUUUUUCACAAGGAUGAAACUACUGUACCAACCACUAAUAUGUUUUACACCCUAAAUAGACAUCUAUAUUUUCUCUACUUUUGAGACGGUAACAACUUGUGAGUCUUGCUGCAGUCUCCCUCCUAUGUUGGGAACUAUUUUUAUUAUUUUGUCCUCUUUUGGCUGUUUGUCAUCUGCCUAAAUAUCGACUCUUAAGAAAACCACUACCCUCCUCACCUGAUGUUACAGUGUUCCAUGGUGGAUUUGUUUCCUGGAGCAAUAUUAUUGUCAGCUUUUUUACUAACUCAGGAAUUGAACAUCAUCAUUACAAUAAUAUGCCAGUUCUUCUUUCGUCUGAAUAAUUCACAAAAAAAAAAAAAAGAAAAAUUAUGGACAUUUAAUGUGUCUUAUGACCUCUCGCAUAUGGCUCUGGUGUACCUCCAUGUAAAAAAAUAUUUAUGGACCAUUUUCCACUGGUGCAGUAGGAAAAUGGAAAUGUAGGUGCCUGGGUUAGGGAAAUUUAGAAGUGUAUACAUUUCCACCCCAUAUAAUUCCCUAUUGCCAGUGGAAAAUGUAUAUUGGAGCAUUAGCGUGGUUGCAUACUCUGUAUCUGUUGUCUUUAGGAUAAGCAGCCAAUGACUGUUGUCCCCCGCUAGGCACCACGCCAUCCUGUUAGGUAGAUCCCCCUUAACAAUGAAAUGGGGUUUUAGGUUUUGUACACAUCACAGAUGUACCUCUGCAUUGCACAGAUACAUUGCCAUCCUGUCAAAAUGAGAACCAGGUUUUGAGUCUGAGACAAAACUCUUAUAAGCUCAGAAAAUGACCUGAAGAUGGUCACUAGACUACAUUUAGGAUUCCAAAGUCCAUGGGGACUGUGCCACUCCAUGCAUGGUUCCGUACAACAGUAAAGCAAAUUGCGACGUGAACAUACCCUCACUAUGUUUUGCUGCAGGGAUUUGAGGGUUUAUUUGCACAUGGCAGAUGCAGUAGGUUGCAGAACUCAAAGUAUUUAAAAAAAAUAUAUUCUUAACCAUUCCAGUACUUGAGGUUUUACAUAAAACUUGGUAAAACUUGUCACUAGGACCACCAAUCUUAGAAUGCAGCUUAGGUUAAAGUGUUUGUUAUUUAAAAAAAAAAAAGCUUUGACAUCACAUGUUUUGAGACCCCCACCGAUCUCAUGAUAUAACCGGGAUAAGCGUGCAGCAGUGCACUUCACAACCCUACUUGCCGCUCUAUUUGUCUUGUUGCUGGAUUCCGGCUCUAUUAUAUAAGACUGGAGCCUGCCUCCGGCAAUGAGACAGAUUGAGUGCAGAACUGUAUAGUGAAGUGCCCUGCAAUGUGCUUCUUCCAGCUAUACCUAGAGAUUGGUGGACGUCUCCACAGUAAGACUUCAAAUGUGUAAAACAUUUUACAUGUGCUCUGUGCACCAGAUGUUUGGGAUGCUGCAGCCAAGACCGCAGGGGUCCCCAAUGGCGGGACACCGGCGAUCAUACAUCUUAUCCCCUAUCCUUUGGAUAGGGGAUAAGAUUCUAGGGGCAGAGUACCCCUUCAAGUCUUACCUGCAUACUUUCUUUGAUUGUAAGCUCCAUUAAUUUUUUGCAAAUUAGUGCUGUAACUCAGGUCUCAGAAUGUGGUUGUGAUGACCCAAGAAAUAGUAGAAGCAGCUUGCAAGAAGUAGGAAAGAUCUUGGGCUGGGCAGCUCCACUGCAGGCAGAGGCUGGAUUUUUAGCUUUUGCCAAGGAUGUCUGAAAUUCUUCACGAUGCUCCAUUGCGAUGCACUUUGCUGUGUUGCUAGAAGCAGUACAAUCAGACUGACAUUGUGGCAGUCUCUUUCUGUGAAGCAUGUGACAGCACGGUUUAUGUCUCUUUGCCCUCCAGUGUCAUCUUUGUCUGUUGUUUUACUUUACUAGGUUGAUGAGGCGCCAUAGGACUUAUUGCACUAGCCUGAUCUUCGCCUUUUAUCCAGUAUAAAACAGCCAUGUUAAAGCAUCAGUAUAAUAGGUCAGAACUAGGUUAUCUGGUUCCUAAAGUGAAGUUUUACAUAUAGUAACAUUUUCUUUAUAUAUUAUGUAAUUCUAUUUACAGCAGUCUUUUAAACUAUUUAUAACUAUUAACUAAUGUACUGACUAUUUAAGCCUGAGAGAUUAGACCAGUGUUUCCCAACUAGGGUGCCUCCAGCUGUGGCCAAACUACAACUCCCAGCAUGCCUGGACAGUCAAAGGCUGUCCGGGCAUGCUGGGUGUUGUAGUUUGGCCACAGCUGGA